UUGGCACCAAGAUCAUGUUUCACAGACUUUCAACAGUGCCCUGUCGUCGUUCCUUAAACAAAAAUGAACCCCAAAAACAUCCCAAAGAGACUUGGGGCAACGGACAGAGAUGCAAAGUUUAGAUGUGUGGCAACAGCUUAACAUGGGGUCGGGUUUCUUAGGGCCCUGGCUAUAUUUAACCUAGUGAUCUAACACCAGGCAGAGGGUUUAAAUGCCACCCCUGCAGUUGGUGUGGAGCAGUUGUUGCCCACAGAUCUUGUUCGGCACGAGCUCGGGGAUACACACGUGCAGUGCACACAUACACCACGCAGGACCUAGGACGUGAAAGAGCAAGUGAGGAAAGAAGAGAGCAAGCCAGUGGAGUGCACACUUCUCCAGCCUUAAGUCAGCCUAGAUGGAGCUUUUUGAGACCAACCCGUACUUCUUCCCCGAGCAGCGCUUUUACGAAAGCGGUGAGAACUUCUUCCCUUCCAGGCUUACAGGGGGAUUUGAUCAAGGAGGAUAUCAGGACCGGAGCUCCAUGGUGGGGCUGUGUGGGGACGGAAGGCUGCUUUCUAGCAAUGUAGGUCUGGAAGACAAGCCAUCUCCAUCCUCCACACUGUCUCUGUCACUCUCACCCAACCAGGAGCAAGAGCACUGCCCGGGGCAAUGCCUGCCGUGGGCCUGCAAGGUGUGCAAGCGAAAGUCGGUAAGCAUGGACCGGCGUCGAGCGGCCACGCUACGUGAGAAGCGCAGGCUCAAGAAGGUAAAUGAGGCAUUUGAGGCGCUUAAGCGCAGCACACUGACAAACCCCAACCAGAGGCUACCCAAGGUGGAGAUCCUCAGAAGUGCUAUCCAGUACAUCGAGCGGCUACAGGCACUUGUCAGUUCACUCAAUCAGCAGGAGCAUGAGCAGACUGGCCUGCAUUACAGGUCCUCGGCUGCUCAGAGGGUGUCAUCCUCCAAUGAGCAGGGUUCAGGCAGCACAUGCUGUAGCAGCCCGGAGUGGAGCACUGCAUCAGACCACUGCACCACAGCCUAUGGCUCCACCCAUGAAGAUCUGCUGAACGAAGAUUCUUCGGAGCAAGCCAAUCUGAGAUCUCUGACAUCUAUCGUCGACAGCAUCACGGGCACAGAGGGAGCGCCGGUCGCUUACUCAGUGGACAUUACGAAGUGAACAAGAGAUGGAGUGAAGGAGUGUUGGAAGCGAUACCAUUCUAACAUCCAGUUCCAGAAAGCCUAUACCUAUAAAUACAGCACUACCUGUUACACCAAAAGCAUGAAAACCCAAAGAAAUCCAUGAAAAGCCCCCUGGGUACAAUUUCCAAUCACAUUUAGUGGUCCAUCACAAAUAUUUCCAGUUGUUUUGUUAUUUUUGGAAGAUGUCCAAGCUAGCUAGUCUAGACUGAUAUGUUGUCCUUUGGAACUUUCCUCGAUUUUUGUUUUUGCAUUGUUUUUUUUUUUGCAUGUGUGUUAUGCCUACCAACAAAUAUUCAUUUAUGGGGCCAAUGUUUUAUGACUGUCUUGACCAAUAUUGCUUAAUUUAACUAGUUCCAUGAUGCCAUGUAAAUACGUUCCUAUUUUCUACUGAGUGGAUCUGCUGGUUUAUUUGUUAUAUUUUUUUGUUUGGAAUAAUUUAUUUGGACUGUUUUUUUUUAAAUAAUAAUAAUUAUAAUAAUAAUAAUAAUAAAGAUUGUUGUGUAUUUGUACAUGUGUUUGGUCAUCAAGAAUUCUUCAUAUUUGUUUCUCACACACAUUCAAAAACAUACCCAUCCAGAAAACUGUUACAUAGUUAAAUAUUUAUUUCACAUAUAUAUUGUACAUAUAUAUAUGCAUAUAGAUUUACAGUGAAAGAAAAAAAAAGAACCUACAGAACAUAGUCUCCUUCUGAAAACAAGUCAAGGAGAAUUUUCACUUUAAUAGACUUCACCCACAUGCCUCAUGUGGAAUCUGAUAUAACUACUGUAUACAUA